CCCUCUUGAAACUCUCUCCAACAAAAACCCCACGAUAUACCCCGCGUCAUCGCUUUGUAUUGCCGAACUGUACCAGUGCUAGCCGCUACCUCACGGCAGACGUCCCUUUUUCUCCAACAAAUCCCCAACCCUUUCCUCAAAGUCUCAAUCCCCUUCAAUUCGAUUCAUUCAAUCCAAUUGCUCCUCAUAACCCCCCACGUCACCGAGAUUUCCAUCCAGGGACACGCAAUAACCACUGCGAAUCAAAGCUCCUCAGCUGCUAUAGCCAAGCUCUCUUCCCCCAAUUACAUCAUCGCCAUACAAAACCGUCACCAUGUCCGAGUCGGGCGAGAAAGUCAACACCCACAUCAUCACACUCACCCGCUUCCUCACCGAGGAGCAGAUUAAGCACAAGGAAGCCACUGGUGACUUUACAUUGCUUUGCCAUGCUCUCCAAUUCUCCUUCAAGUCCAUCGCCUACUACAUCCGCCGCGCCACCCUAGUCAACCUGACGGGUCUGGCCGGCUCCUCCAACACCACCGGCGACGAGCAGAAGAAGCUCGACGUCAUCUCCAACGACCUCUUCAUCGAGGCCAUGCGCUCCUGCGGCAAGGUCGCCCUGCUGGUGUCCGAAGAGGAGGAGACCGAGAUCUACUUCCCCAAUGCCGUUGGCGCCCGCUACAUCGUCUCCUGCGACCCCAUUGACGGCUCCUCCAACCUCGACGCCGGAGUCUCCGUCGGCACCAUCUUCGCCAUCCACAAGAUCCCCGACGGCAUUGACAUCGCCCGGAAAGAAGACAUCCUCAAACCCGGCACGGAGCUCGUCGCCGCCGGCUUCACAAUGUACGGCGCCUCCGCUCAGCUCGUCAUGACCAUGAAGGGAAGCACCGUCAACGGCUUCACGCUGGACAAUGGCGUCGGCGAGUUCAUCCUGUCCCACCCCAACAUGCGCAUUCCCAAGUCGCGUGCCAUCUACUCCGUCAACGAGGGUAACUCCCUGUACUGGGAGGACAAGACCAUCAACUACUUCAACUCCCUCAAGCAGGCCCAGGCCAACGGCAAGCCCUACAGCGCUCGUUACAUCGGUAGCAUGGUUGCCGAUGCCUACCGUACGCUUCUGUACGGAGGCAUCUUCGCCUACCCGGCGGACAAGAAGAGCCCCAAGGGCAAGCUUCGUAUCCUUUAUGAGUGUGCGCCCAUGGCCAUGGUUUUUGAGAAUGCUGGCGGCCAAGCUGUUGACAGCACAAUGAACAGAAUGUUGGAGGUUGUACCAGAGCACAUCCACGACAGGUCAGGUAUCUUCAUGGGCAGUUAUGAUGAGAUUGAAAAGGUCAAGUCCUUUUACAAAUAAAUAACACAAUCAAAGGUAGCGGGUGAAAAUGAGAAUAGAGUGUGAAAGCAUGACAUGAGGAAUUUGCAUCAUGGUCCAUUGAUUUGCACCAAGCAUGACGUAUAUGUCUCCAUCUCUUCUAGACGGGACCAAAUCAUAUAAACUUAUAUAAUUGUACAAAUCUCAAAUUAUAACC